GAAUCAGCACGUGACACGGAAGUGACUACGAACAGGAAGAGGACGAAAAAAAUAACCGUCCGCGAAGCCGAGCCGAACCGGACCCGCAGCCACCAUGAACAGCAAAGGUCAAUAUCCAACGCAGCCAACCUACCCUGUGCAGCCUCCUGGGAAUCCAGUGUACCCUCAGACCUUGCAUCUCCCUCAGGCUCCACCCUAUACGGAUGCUCCACCCGCCUACUCAGAGCUCUAUCGUCCGAGCUUUGUGCACCCAGGGGCUGCCACCGUCCCCACCAUGUCAGCUGCAUUUCCUGGCGCCUCACUGUAUCUUCCCAUGGCCCAGUCUGUGGCUGUUGGACCGUUAGGCUCCACAAUCCCCAUGGCUUAUUAUCCAGUUGGCCCCAUCUACCCACCUGGUUCAACAGUGCUGGUGGAAGGCGGGUAUGAUGCAGGUGCCAGAUUUGGAGCUGGGGCUACUGCUGGCACCAUUCCUCCUCCACCCCCUGGAUGCCCUCCCAAUGCUGCUCAGCUUGCAGUCAUGCAGGGAGCCAAUGUCCUCGUAACUCAGCGGAAGGGGAACUUCUUCAUGGGUGGUUCAGAUGGUGGCUACACCAUCUGGUGAAGACCCAAGGCCACCUCUGUGCCGGGAAAGACAUCACAUACCUUCAGCACUUCUCACAAUGUAACUGCUUUAGUCAUAUUAACCUGAAGUUGCAGUUUAAGACACAUGUUGUUGGGGUGUCUUUCUGGUGCCCAAACUUUCAGGCACUUUUCAAACUUAAUAAGGAACCAUGUAAUGGUAGCAGUACC